UUUUUCCAGUAUGCGUGGGGCUUUUUAAAUGAACUUCCUGUGUCAACACACUGACAUCUUCACGCGAUGAAACUGUUGCCGUGUGUUAUCAUCAUUGCGCUGCAGUUAAGAGAAUCGGGGUGUAUCAUAGGCUCCAUCAAGCAUUGGCUGUUCGGCGAUCAUCACCAAAAUGUGGUUGACAAAGCGCUCAGCGAAAGUGGCGCUAAGUUCGAAGUCGUGUCAACUGAUGAAAAGUUCUUAAAGUUUGCAAAUGAGCUGAACGACAUGUCGCCCCUCGAUGCCUGCUAUCAUAUCGUUGUUUACAGUUUAAAGAAGAAGUGUGGUGAUUUGACAGAGGAAGAUUUAGGGAAAUUAGCUGUUCAGCUUUUAAACUGUCAGUCAGAAGCUGAAAACCGACCAACUUUUCAGUGUACAGCAGAUAUGACAAUUGCAGAAUGUACCAAAAAUAUGGAUGGGCCAACUUGGAACGCAUACCAGAUUGUGGGGAACCGAGCACGGGCGAUGUGUUACGCCACACAGCAGGACCAGUUCCGCAGACUAACUGAAAUGGCCGUCCACGAGCUGGUGGCGGCUGCUGAUGACCAACUGGAAAACUUAAAGCAAAUGAUGAAAGGACAGGAGUUGCUGCACUCUUUGACCUCAGAGACAGUUCAGAAAUUGUUCGAUAGUCAGAUGGAGUUACUGGGAAAUCACCAGCAGCUGAAACUAGCCCACGACACCAUCAUGUCCAACGUGGAGAGCAAUAUGAAGAACCUUCAUCAGGAGAAAUCUCUGAUAGCCACAGGAAAUAAACAGCUUGCCGAAAUGGUGGAGAACAUUAAGAAGAAACUAGAUUUAACUGCUGAGAAUAUGGCCACUCAGGAGAGGAAACAACAGGAGAAUUAUAAGAACAUCAUUGAGGAUCUUGGUCAGAUACACAUAAAGGCACAGGAUGCUCUAAAGAAACUAGAUGAGAGCUCGGCUCAGUUGUUACGUAACCAUAAAGAGAUGACCAAGUUCUACCUGGAGAUGUACCUGAAUGUGAACAAGAUCAACUCCUCGGUCUCUGAACUGAUGGACACAGUUCUCACAAUGCAGAAAGACUUGGAGAAAAAAAUCAGCUGGUUCUCUCAUAUCCUAGGCAGUUCAGAGGACAAGCUGGCAGUGAUGAUGUCCUGGGGGCAGCACCUAAUGUUCUUCCUGUUUAUAAUCAUCAUGUCCGUUUAUCUACAAAUUCCUCGCUUGUCGCGACUUGCCAUUAUAGCAGCGUUGACUGCCAAUGCUGUGGCAGAGCUGAAGUUUGGACAGAGUAUCGGCUUCAGACAUGUCCUGGGCUUCAUCGUGACUGUUGUCACAGCCAAUGUGAUGUAUCACAUUUGGCGUCCGAAGUCUUACUACAGAAGGGAGCAGUACAUGGCCAUUGGAGAUGCCGACCCUGGUGCAAGGUCCUCUCCACUGUCUGCUGAUGAAAUACAAACAUUGCAACACUUACUGCAAAGAGUCCAAAAUUCAGUUCCAGAAGGCAAUGAUGGAGGAGGGUCAGGGAACCAAUUUAAUCAGAACCAAGCAACAAGAGCCAGGCCAGACUCCUCUACAAUGUUAGAAGAAGAUGAAAACAUUCGGAGGUUUUUAGAUGAUAACUUGGAUGCUACAGAAACGUUCCGACCAGAGACACCCCUUCCAUCCACUUCAGGAUUUGGAAGAUCAUUUUCAAGGUCAUCGACCCCUUCAAGGUCAAGUACAACGAGCGUGCGCUGUCAUGGCUUGACACGAACCGGAACUCCAUGCCGACUGUCUGCAGCACCAGGACGGGACUUCUGUCACAGACACAAAUAAACUCUCGCGUGUGACCAAUUUAUAGGAGAGAUGAGAAACAAGUAGGCACAUUUUAUGCUUCAUGUUGGGAUCCACAGGAAAUUUUGUUGGUUCAGGACUUCCCAAGUAAAUUCAGACUUGGUUAAUUCAUAAAAAAGAUGCCUUGAUUCCUCGGCAAAAACAUCAGGAUCCCAUCUAUGCAUCAAGUAGCUGCAGGUCUUGCUAUCAGUCUGAAAAAAAUUCUAACGGACAACCUUAGAGCGAAUUUUUUCAGAAUGGGAGCUAUAGACCUGCGGCUACUGUAAAUUCCUAAUUAAACGCGAGGAAUUAAUAUCCGCGUAAAAUUGCAAGAAGCCCAUCACGGAAUUCUUAAAUCUCGCUUUUAAUUUUCUGAUACAUGUAAACUACAUGAUAAUACAAUAUAAUAAAAUUUCGUUUUACGCAAUUUUAUGUUCUCGUGAUUUGAUGGAAAAUUGUUGAAUCGUGGAAUUAAGUACUCGCGUAUAAUAAGGCAUCUACAGUAUGCAUCCUGUGUCUUCAGUCAGCUUACAAUGUGUUGAUAGUGCUCUAGUCCAAAAAAUUUUUUUAUCAUAUGCAUUAUGUGUGUAAUGCUGUGUUCCAAUAUUAUAUUCAUGUAGGACACAAUUUGACGGCAAUGAUCUGAAAAUUGUUGUCCAUUUUGUUACAUUUCCCCUAACUGCAAUUCUUAGAGAAAUAGAGAAACCUUCAGAAAAUCACUUUUGUCUUGCAUACUGUUUUAGUUGCAAAGCAAUUUAACUUUUAAGAUUAAAUUGAAGCAAGGAACAAAUGGUUGAUAAUAUUAAAAUUAUUUAUUGGACAAUUAUUGAAUUCUUCAGGUUUAUACUCAAGUCUGCUAGAUGUAUAUCUGUAUACAUGUAAAUUUAUAUAUAUUACCAAUCCUGUUUGUGCUUGUAUGGUUUGAUGUCCUCAAAUCGUGUGUAAAUUAUGUGCCAAAUUUUUUCUCAAUGCAUGUAAUUGAAAUGUUAUGUCAGUUUAUCACUAAUGUUUAUUCUCUGCAUAUUACAUGUAUUAAAUAACUGAGAGUUUUUUAAUAUGCUCUACAUAAUUUUUUUCUUUUAUCUAAAAGAUACACAGAUAUAAAUUGCCAUAAAUUGUGGAUCUCACAAUUCUUCUUUAAUUAACUUUUCAUAUCAUUUUAUAUAAUUAUAAACUUUUUAGAAACUGGACUGAACUUUUUUCAAUACAUGUAUAUGAAAAAAAUGUUUCACACUGAAAAAAAUGCAAAUAUUUAUUUUUCUGUAUGAUUAUAUGUGCCAAGUAAUUACCAGGUAUUUCAAAAAGGAUAAAUUUGGUAAAUGGUGUUAUUCUGUGUUUGAAAAGACAUUUGGAAUUCACAAUCUGUAAUACAAUUUUAUAUAUUGAGUAAUGAAUUGCACCGGUGGUACAUCUGUUUAUAGAUUAUUAACCUCAAACAUUCCAGAUCUGUGGAAGCUUGUGCCUUGAAAGUCAAAAAUGAAUUUAAGUACAUCUUAAUAGUUUAACUAAAAGAAAAGUUUUUCCUCUCAGUCAUAUUUCACAUUUUUUCGUGUUUGUUUUUGAAAGGGUUGUUUAUAUAAUUGUAAUUAGAGAAAAUAUGGACCGUCUCAUUUUGUUGCGUUGCUUCAAAGUACUAAUCUCUCAAGCUGUAUAUGAUAUUAACGAACUAAUGGAUAUGUUUUUAGCUCACCUGAGCUGAAAGCUCAAGUGAGCUAUUCUGAUCACAUUUUGUCUGUCGUCCGUCUGUCUGUCUGUAAACUUUUCACAUUGUUAACAUCUUCUCAAGAACCACAGGGCCAAUUUCAACCAAACUUGGCACAAAGCAUCCUUAGGCAAAGGAGAUUCAAAGUUGUGAAAAUUAAGGACCACGCCCUUUUGCAAAGGGAGAUAAUUAGGAAUCAUUGAAAAUUUUCGAGAAAUUUUCGAAAAUCUUCUUCUCACAAACCAUGAGGAUAGGAAAGCUUAAACUUUUGUGGAAGCAUCCUCAGGAAGUGUGGAUUUAAAGUUGUGAAAAUCAUGACCCUCAGGGGUAGGGUUGGGCCACAUUGGGGGGAGGGGGUCGACUUUUACAAAGGAAUAUAUAGAUUAAAUCUUUAAAAAUCUUCCUUCUUAAGAACCUUUUGGCCAGGAAAGCUGUAACUUAUACAGAAGCAUCCUCAGGUGAUGUAGAUUUAUAGUUGUGAAAAUCAUGACUUUCAAGGUAUGGUGGGUUCCACAAUGGGGGGUUGCAUUUUUACAUAAGAAUAUAUAGAGUAAAUCUUUAAAAAACUUCUUCUCAAGAACCAUUUGGCCAGGAAAACUGUAACUUAGAUGGAAGCAUCCUCAGGUAGUGAAAAUUCAAGGUUGUGAAAAUCAUGACUCUUGGGGGUAGGGUGGGGCCACAAUGGGGUCAAAUUUUUACAUAAGAAUAUAUAGAGUAAAUCUUUAAAAAAAUCAUCUUCUCAAGAACCACUUGGCCAGGAAACCUAAAACUUGUGAGGAAGCAUUCUCAGGUAGUGUAGAUUCAAAGUUAUGAAAAUCAUGAAUCCUGGGGGAAGGGUGAGGCCACAAUGGGGGGUCAAAUUUUUACAUAUGAAUAUAUAGAGUAAAUCUUUAAAAAUCUUCUUCUCAGAAACCACUAUGCUGGUAUAGCUGAAACUUUUGUAGAAGCAUCUUCAGGUAGUGUAGAUUAAAAGUUGUAAAAUUCAUGACCCUCGGGGGUUCAGUGGGGCUACAUUUGGGGGUCGACUUUUUACAUAGGAAUAUAUAGAAAAUUAUUAAAAAUCUUCUCAGAAGGAAUCAGCCAGGAAAGCUGAAACUUGUGUAGAAACAUCUUCAGAUAGUGUAGAUUCAAGGUUGUGAAAAUCAUGACCCAUGGGGGUAGGGUGCGGCCACAAUUGGGGGUUGCAUUUUUACAUAUGAAUAUAUAGAGUAUAUCUAUAAAAAUCUUCUCAAUAACCAUUUGGGCAGGCAAGCUGAAACUUGUUUGGAAGCAUUGUCUGGUAGUGAGAUUUCAAGUUUAUUCAAAUCAUGUUUCCAGGGGUAGGAUGGGGUCACAAGGGGGGAGGGAGAAUUUUUACAUAGGAAUAUAUAGAAAAAUAUCUUUAAAUCUUUUUGUCCCCCGCCGCAAUGCGGAGCGGGGACAUAGAAAUGCCGGGCGUCCGUCCGUGGGUCCGUGUCCGUGGGUCCGUGCGUCCAUCCGUCACACUCUUUUGUAAGCGCUCUCAUGCCUUCAAAUGUUGACGGAUUUUCAUUAAAUUUAUACCAAAUGUUUAUACCAUUAUUACCUUGGUCAAGUUUGAAAAUCAGCUUUGGAACCUUUUUGUUGGAGUUAUGGGACUUUGACCACAAUAAAGACUCUGUUUUAUCCAAAAAUUGACCUUGUAAGCGCUCUCAUGCCUACAAAUUUUGACGGAUUUUCAUCAAAUUUAUACCAAAUGUUAUUACCACUAUUACCUUGGUCAAGUUCGAAAAUCAGCAUUGGUCGAUUCUUUUUGUUGGAGUUAUGGGACUUUGACCACAAUAAUGACUCCAUUUUAUCCAAAAAUUGACCUUGUAAGCGCUCUCAUGCCUACAAAUUUUGACGGAUUUUCAUUAAAUUUAUACCAAAUGUUUAUGCCACUAAUACCUUGGUCAAGUUCCUAAAUCAGCCUUGGUCAAUAGACUCGAUACUAGUAUACUGCUUGACCGGUGGGGGACCCAGGAAUUCUAUUCUUGUUCUAAAAAAACAUUUUCCCAGAAAAGCUGUAACUUUAGUGAAAGAAACUUCAGAUAGUGUGGAUUCAUGUUCAAAUCACAAUCUUUAGGAGUAGUGUUGGGCCACAUUGGGGAUUGAGUUGUACAAAGGAAAACAUUUUAAUUAUUCACAAAAACUGAAAUGUUAUUAUAUAUGCUUUUACUUAUAUGCAAGCAUUUUUAUAUAUUGCCGAUUUUUUAAAAUUGUUUAGACUUUGGCCCCUGGAUGAUUAUUGGACCUCACAAGGGGUUCAGAGUUUGAUGUAGGUUUAUAUCCUAUAUAUAAACAAUUGUUAAGGGUCUUUUUGAGAACUGCAAUGCUGAAUGUGAUAUGACUAUAAAAUCAUCCUGUUAGAAAAGGGACUUGAUUAUAAAUAUAAGAAUAGGGGGAAACAGGGGGAAUUUUUUUGUAUAGGAUCUACAUGUAUUAUACCACAUUGUCCAGAUAUUUUGUAUUAUGACUCCAUAAAGCUGAUUUUAUCAUGCCUAUUGUUGCUCAGGUGAGCGAUGUGUUCCAUGGGCCUCUUGUUUCUGUGUUCAGUCUGUUAUGCAUGGUUGAUAUGUUGCAGUGUGUUCAUGCCACAAAUUUUAUAGCUUCACUAGUAAACAAAACAGAGAGGGAAAGUUGUUAAAGUCUCACUUUCAGUUUUUAAGUGUUACACUUUUGCAUAUACAUUGUGUAAAAUGUGUGUCGUGUGUAUGUAAUUUGUAUGUUUGGAGAUUAGAAUCGAGUGUGUUGAUUUAAGUGUAUGUAAUUUGUAUGUUUGGAGAUUAGAAUCGAGUGUGUUGAUUUAAAGGUGGAGCUGUGAUUUGUAGGUUGAGCUGUAAUGAAUAGUCAGUGAGAAUAAACUGGUUCACCAUA